GGACUCUUUAGCCCUCGGGAACAGACAGCCCGUUGAGUGUCGACGCCGUUUUGCCUGGAGCUCCGUUCUUGUCAUGUAGAGCACUAGUCUUCAACUCUCCCUUGUCUCUCUCUAGGCCAGAAGAAAUGGUUGCUCACCGCUUAUUACCUUCAAGAAUCCUCCUUUGCUCCCGCGUUAAAACUACCCCUCACACUCGACUUAAACCUCUCAAAACCUUGUCAACAUCUCCCGAAUCCGAAACAACCUCAUCCUCCUCUGAUCCAUACUUGGUGGACAAACUAUGUUUCAGUUUAAACCAAGCUAAUAACAACAACAACUCAGCGACAGCGGCUUCUCUGCGUAACCACCUGAUUCGACUAAACCCUCUAUCCGUCGUCGAGGUUCUGUACCGUUGCCGCGACGACUUAACUCUAGCUCAAAGGUUCAUCCAACAAUUAAGUUUACACCUUCCCAAUUCCAAGCACACGUCUUUCUCUCUAAGCGCAAUCAUCCAUAUCCUAGUAAGGAGCGGAAGGCUAUCCGAUGCGCAGAGCUGUCUUCUCAGGAUGAUUAGGAGAAGUGGCGUCUCCAGAGCAGAGGUUGUGAGCUCAUUGGUUUCCACUUACAGUAACUGUGCCUCCAAUGAUUCCGUUUUCGAUUUGUUGAUUAGGACUUACGUUCAGGCUAGAAAGCUAAGAGAAGCUCACGAGGCUUUCACAUUGCUGAGAAGCAAAGGCUACACGGUCUCUAUAGAUGCGUGCAACGCUCUUUUAGGAAGCUUGGUGAGGCUCGGGUGGGUUGAAUUGGCUUGGGGUGUUUAUCACGACAUUUCUCCGAGUGGAAUUAAUGUCUACACUCUCAAUAUAAUGGUUAAUGCGUUGUGCAAAGACGGUCAAAUGGAUAAAGUCGGAUCCUUUUUAUCGCAAGUGCAAGAGAAGAUGGGGGUUUAUCCUGAUAUCGUUACCUCCAACACGUUGAUUAGCGCUUACUCUAGUAAAGGCUUUAUGGAAGAGGCGUUUGAGUUGAUGGACGCUAUGCCCAGCAAAGGGUUUAGUCCUGGUGUUUAUACUUACAACACUGUGAUUAAUGGUCUCUGUAAGCAUCGGAGAUACGAGAGAGCUAAGGAGGUUUUCGCUGAGAUGUUGGAAUCUGGUUUGAGUCCUGACUCUACUACGUAUAGAUCGUUGCUGAUGGAGGCUUGUAAGAAGGGAGACGCGGUUGAGGUAGAAGAGAUUUUCAGUGAUAUGAGGUGUAGGGAUGUUGUUCCUGAUUUGGUUUGCUUUAGCUCGGUGAUGAGUCUUUUCGCUAGGAGUGGAGAUUUAGACAAGGCGUUAGUGUUUUUCGAUUUUGUCAAGGAUGCUGGUUUGGUUCCUGAUAACGUGAUCUACACAGUUCUUAUCCAAGGGUAUUGUAAGAAAGGUAUGAUCUCCGAAGCUAUGGAUUUGAGAAACGAAAUGCUUCGGCGUGGUUGUUGUAUGGAUGUUGUUGCCUACAACACCAUUUUGCACGGCUUAUGCAAACGGAAGAUGUUGGGUGAUGCGGAUAAGCUCUUCAGAGAGAUGACAGAAAGGGGUUUGUUUCCAGACUCCUACACUCUAACCAUACUUAUCGAUGGACACUGUAAGCUCGGGAACCUGCAGAACGCAAUGGAGCUUUUCAAGAAGAUGAAAGAAAAGAGGAUCAGACUCGACGUUGUGAGGUACAACACGCUGUUAGAUGGGUUUGGUAAAGUAGGCGAUAUCGAUACAGCGAAAGAGAUAUGGACAGAUAUGGUAUCAAGAGAGAUACUACCGACUCCUGUAUCUUACAGCAUUAUGGUUAACGCGCUGUGCAGCAAAGGCCAUCUCCCUGAAGCGUUUCGGGUAUGGGAUGAGAUGAUGAGUAAAGGUGUGAAGCCAACGGUCAUGAUUUGUAACUCUAUGAUAAAGGGCUAUUGCCGGUCUGGUAAUGCCUCGGAUGGAGAAAGCUUUUUGGACAAGUUGGUCUCUGAAGGUUUUGUGCCGGAUAUCAUCACUUACAACACGUUGAUAUACGGUUAUGUUAGAGAAGAAAACAUGAGUAGAGCUUUUGGUUUGGUGAAGAAGAUGGAGGAGGAGAAGCAAGGGGGAGGAUUACUAGUGCCUGAUGUGUUUACGUACAAUUCGAUCUUACAUGGGUUUUGUAGACAGAAUCAGAUGAAAGAAGCUGAGGCUGUGUUGAGGAAGAUGAUUGAGAGAGGUGUGAAUCCUGACAAGUCAACGUAUACUGCUCGGAUAAAUGGAUUUGUUUCUCAAGAUAACUUAACGGAGGCGUUUCGGUUUCACGAUGAGAUGUUGCAGAGAGGAUUCUCCCCUGAUGAUCAAUUCUGAUGCUCAAUUCCUGUUGUGGUUUACUGCUGCAAGUUGCAACUCACGUAAGCUGAGGAAGGGGACCACUGGAGACAAUACACAUUCCAUUACUACUCUCCUCUCACUUUCUUCCGAGUCAAGACAGAGAAAUGAGACAGAGUAAGGUGUCUGAACGUGGCAACUGAUUAUAAAUGCAUUCUUUCUGUUUUUGGACAAACUCUCACUAGUAUACACUAACGUCUCCUCU